AUGGAUGGUCAGAAUUUAAUUUCAAUUGAAAAUGAUUCAAUUGAUUAUACAUUUAGUAUAUUUGGAUUAAUUUUCUUUCCAGAUUUAAUAAAAGGCAUGAAAGAAAUGUACAGAGUUUUAAAAUCAAAUAAUCAAAGUCGUACCGCAAUUGCAUCAUGGUGCUCCGAUUCAUUUUUACCAGAAAUCUUUAGAGAAACUUUAAAUCAAUUAUUAACAGAACAAAAUAAUGGUAAACCAACAACUCACAAACAAUUGGCAUCAUCACUUUCAAAUGAAUUGGAAUUUAAAAAUCAUUUAGAAUCAGUUGGUUUUAUUGAUGUUUCAAUUACAAGAAUUGAACAUCCAUUAGAAGUAAAUGAAUUAUCAGAUCUCUCAAUAUUAUUAAAAAGUAAUCCUGCAUAUGUUGAUUGUUUAGAUCUAUUGCAUACUGAUGAAUUAAAAUUAAAAUUUGAUUCACUAUUUAUUGAAAUUGCAAAAUCAAAAAAUCCAAAAAGAUCUUUAGAAAAUAAUAAAUUACAAUUAAAAUCAUACAGUUAUAUUGGUGUUGGUACAAAACUUUAA